AUGGCCGUUUCUUCUGAGAUCGUUAAUCCAAUCAAUCCAGCCUUUCACGGGUAUCUUGAUACUGAUUUCAUUGAAUACUACAAUACAAGACUUGCUAUCCAGCCCGCUACUGAUCAAGUGGACUUGGCUGAAGUUCGUGCCCACCCAGAAAAAUGGAAAGGGAACUGGUGUCGAGAUUACAGCGAUCAGCCUCGCGUGAAAACGUUUGAGAUAGCUUCCGCAGAUGGCGUUCAAUUCAACGCAAGAAGUUAUUAUCCAGAUCCGGAAAUAUUUGGGCCUGGGCCAUACCCAGUUCAUAUAAACUAUCACGUUCUUAGGGGGGGGUUCUGCUUUGGAGACCUUACAGAAGAUGCCGAAUGGUGUAUGACCGUGUGCAACCGAGUCGGGAUUAUUGUUGUUGACGUCGAUUACCGUCUCUGUCCUGAAAACAAAUACGGAAAGGGAAUCGAAGAUGGUUGGGCAGCGUUAAACUGGGUUCUCACACGGCAUAAAGAGAUGAAUUCACGUCAUGAUUCCAUUUCCAUCGGUGGCGUUUCUGCCGGCAGCUUCAUGAGUUGCGUUUUCCAGCACAUGGCCCGCGACGCUGGACUGAAGCUUAAGCUGGCUGUCCUCUGUGUCCCUACAGCACAGAGCCGCACCGCUUUCAAAAGACCUGAAGACGCAGGAUUUCCUUCAUAUGUCGAGAACCAAAAAGCGCCUUGCCUAAAUUGGGCACGUCUCAUGUACCAGAAAAAGGUCGUUGGUGAUCGCUCAGGUGUUCCGAAGCUAUGGAAUGAGCCACUCUACCAAGAUAACUUCGCUGGAAUAUGCGACACCUUUAUAGCGACAGCUGGGGCUGACCCAGUGAGAGAUGAGGGAGAGGCAUAUGGAAUGAAACUUGUCAAGGCAGGGUGCAAGGUUACUGUCCGUCGGUAA